AUGUCUGUAGGGGAGAGGGGCCCCCAGGGGGCCCCCCUGGGGGCUCCCCAGGGGCCCUUUGGCAGAUUUGGGGUUCGUGGGUUAUUCGGGGGUACCCCGAAGCCUCGACCGUUUGUAGGGGGCCCUAUGGUGGGGGGCCCCUUGGGGGCCCCCUCUAUGGAUGGCGACCAUCAUGGGGGGGGGCCCUGGGGGCCCCGAGGGAGCUCUCCUGGGGGCCCCCAGUGUGGUAUUUCUAAGGAGAAUGAGGAGGGAGAGGAGGAGGCCCUUAGGGUACUGGUAGUAGGGGAAGCAGCAGGAGGGAAGACAGCCUUGCUGCAGCUACUAGAGAUGCAUGCAGCAGAUUUAGGGGCUGCAUGUCUUGCACAGCAGCAGGAAGAAAGUCUUGGAUCUGCAUGCACAGGUUUCUCCGCGGAAGACCCCUCCUGCUGCGCCUCCGCCUCCUCAGCAGCAGGAGGAGCAGGAGGAGCAGCAGCAGGUGCAGCAGGAGGAGCAGCAGAUGGAUUAAUAUAUUCUUCUUCUUCUUUUUCUUCUUCUUUUUCUUCUCUUCCUCCUGUGUCUGCCUUAUUAGGUUACCGUAGUACCUGCGGUGUAUGUAUAACAAGUUUGCGGUGUACAGACACCUCAGGAGGAAAAUAUUUUAUUGAAUUCUGGGAGGUUGGAGGAGCAGCAGCAACUGCAGCAGCAAGACCUCUUCUUUAUGCCACACCUUUUGAUGGUGUAUGGUUUAUUUAUGAUAUUGGUAACGAAGAAGCACAAAGAUGUUUACCUUCUUGGUUAUUAGAGUUAUGUCUUAGAGGAGGAAGGACACCAUCACAAGUAUUUUUUAAUCAGCAGCAGCAGCAGCAGCAGCAGCAGCAGCAGCAGCAGCAGCAACAGCAGCAGCAGCAGCAGCAGCAGCAAUUGCUAUUGCUGCAGCAGCAGCAGCAGCAGCAAAAAAUGGUAGUACAUAUUGGGGCUGGCGUAUUCGUUGUGGUCUUUGUCCUCUUCUUCUUGUAG